AUGUGGCGCCACCUAUUCGUACCUAGUAUUUUGUUCCUUCACUGUUCAGCGGACGCUUACUUUGACACACCAUCUGGCGGCUUUCGACCCUUCGGGCCUGGCUACAACUAUGGAUCCUAUCCCCAAGACUUCUCCAUUGUGGGACCACCGCUUGAAGCAAUACACGACAGUCAAUCGCCUUCUACUGGUCUAGCCGUGGACGCGAACCACAGCCUCUACCUCACAUACCCUCGCAACGCUGGUCAGACGCCUAGUAACGUCGUCAUCUGCACUUCAUUCAAUGAUGAAAAGCCCUGGCCGACUGCGGAGAUACAAAAUUGCACCACAGGCCAGGACCCUAGCACGUGCUUCAUCAACGUUCAGAAUGUCGUCCGCGAUGACAAGGGUCGUCUUUGGGUCGUGGACAAUGGCAUUGCUGCCGGCGCACCUGCAGGAUCUGAUGCCGUCUAUGGUGGUGCAAAACUCAUGAGCUUCAACGAGACUACGGCGGAGCACAUCAAGACGUACAAGAUACCUAAAGACCUCCUUGCACAUGAAAUGAACAUGAAUGACAUGAAAGUCAACACGACCCUUGGCGGAAGAGGUGGCUAUGCUUUCAUCACAGAUGCUAGUACGAACAGCUCGCUCGUAGCGAUUGACCUCGAAAAUGGCAGUGGAGUGCGCAGGUUGUUCAACACUAGCGUUGUGAGAGCGGAUGAGAACUGCAUUGCUAACACGAACAAAGCAUCGGGCAACUUUUACUGGGGCGUUCUCGCAUCGCGCCGCUUCUAUUACAUUUCCCAAGAAACACUCGUCAACACCAACUUGACGGAUGCGCAAGUCCUCGCAGCUGUCCAGAACCCUGGUCAAGUCGGCUCAGAGCAAGCUGGUUUCACAUCCGACGACCGUGGUCGCGUUUAUGUUGCAGCCAGCGAACAAAACGCCAUUUACUACGUCGACACACUCAAGAGCGAGCAGAACAUGACUGUCAAUGGUAACGCGCCUGGAGGCACCGGGCUCAUUCCAGCAGAAGACUAUGUCGUGAAGACGCUUGUGAGGAAUGCCAUGAUCCAGCAUGCAGACUCGAUGGCGAUUCUGGACGGGUGGUUGUACUUCAACACGAACCAGCUGACUCUGGGCCCGCAAUUUCAAUACAACAAUGUUGACAAGCGCAGAGGGCCGUUUCGAAGCUUUAAAGUUUGGAUUGGCAGAGGACAAGCUGUAGGAUAA